CAUCCAAGCUUUUUUCGUCCGCUGCCUCUGGACGUCACCACAGUCCUCCCGCAUACACACGAGACCUGCGCCGCGCGGUGUGCGCUUGCUAAAUAACACCUGCGAAGGAAUUUCGAACCGUUGCGCUCUGCGCGCUACCACGAUGCCUUCGACACAUAAUACCGACAAGCCGUGGGACACGGACGAUAUCGACAAAUGGAAGAUCGACCCGUUCAAGCCCGAGGAUAACGCCGCUGGCGCAUUCACGGAGGAAUCGCGCUUCUCGACCCUCUUCCCCAAGUAUCGCGAGCAGUACCUCAGGGCGAGCUGGAAAAUCAUAACGGCCGCCCUGGCGAAGCAUGGCGUCGGAUGCGAACUGGAUCUUACGGAGGGCAGCAUGACGGUGUUCACAACCCUGAAGACAUACGAUCCCGCAGCAAUCCUCAACGCUCGAGACCUCAUCAAGCUGUUGGCCAGAUCUGUCCCCGCGCCGCAGGCUCUCAAGAUCCUCGAGGACGAUGUCGCCUGCGAUAUCAUCAAGAUCAGGAACCUCGUGACGAACAAGGACCGCUUUGUAAAACGGAGACAGCGGAUUCUAGGGCCGAAUGGCAGUACGCUCAAGGCCCUGGAGUUGCUGACCGAAACCUUCAUUCUUGUUCAGGGUAACACUGUAGCAGCCAUGGGCAACUGGAAGGGCCUCAAAACUGUGCGACGAAUCAUCGAAGAUACCAUGGCCAAUAUCCAUCCAAUCUAUUCUAUCAAGGAGCUCAUGAUCAAGAAGGAGCUUGAGAAGGACCCUGCUCUGAAGAACGAGAGCUGGGACCGUUUUCUGCCCAACUUUAAGAAGCGCACCACGGCGAAGCGGAGAGUGCCCCACAAGGUCACCGACAAGACAAAGAAAACAUACACGCCAUUCCCGCCCGCACAGGAGAAGAGCAAGGUCGACCUGCAAAUCGAGAGCGGAGAGUACUUCCUGGGCAAACAGGCGAAGGAACGCAAAGCGAGGGAAGACCGAGAGGCAAAGAUGAAGGAGAAGAUGGACGAGAAGCGGAAAGAGCGACUUAACGAGUAUGUCGCCCCAACGGAGGAUGGCGAAAAGAAGAAGAAGAAGAAACGGAAGCGAGAAGACGGUGAAGAGAAGGAGAAGAAAAAGAAGCGCAAGGAUGUUGAGGUCGACGGCGAGACACCAUAGAGAAGCUUCUCAAGCCAAGUGCUGGAGUCACGAUGCAUUUCAGGGCGUUUACUCUAGGUGCAUAUCUUCAAUAUACCCAUUUCCUGUCAUAUGAUGCUCUUACACCGCCCCGACUCAAUUACCUCGCAUUACAAUUGCCUCGCGGGCUGCAACGAUGGUGGUGAUGG